AUGAUUGCCUUUGUGAGAACUAAUAACUGCAUGAAGAUCUGCAUCCAGAACAUGCAUAAGAUCAGCGAGAACAUCCCUGUUCAUGUUCUAGCUGAGGUGGCCGUGAGUGUUUUCAGCUUUGUGAAGGACUCUUAUCCAGUCAGCCCUGCUCUUUUUGAAGAGUUUGAGAACAACGAUGGCUAUAGCAUCUUUCAGGCCAUCUUAUUACGCUGUGAGGAGCAAGUGACAGAGGAGCACUUCCUAGCCGUUCAAGACCUUCUAGGCCUCAUUGCGUCAUUCACGCUUUUUGGCAAGGCUGAGCUGAAGGUUGCCAUAUGUGUGAACAACCCCCAACCGCCAGGCUUCACGUUUGACCCCACCCUGACGAACGGUUCACCAGUGAGGAACCUCACAGCCUUCAAGAUCAUUCAGUCCUCCUUCUUGCGCUCAGGCAACACAGUGAUCUGCGGCCAAAUCCUGCGUACCAUCCAGAUGAUCUGGUCUUGGGAAAAGGCUAACUUCUUCCUGCUGGAGUGGUCUCUGCAGUCUCUGGCUCAGCUGGCUGAGUGUGUGUGGCAGAAAUCGGCACCUGUUCACCUCAUUUUCUUCGAACUGCUUGAGACCGUUAUCUACCAGCUCUCCUACAUCCCACACGAGACAAUCAGGAAGGUCCAAGCUGUGUUGAAGCAGGGUUGUUCGGAGGCCUUCAAUGUCGCAGCUCUGGACUGCUUCUACGGGCUCAUCAUUCACAGCGGAUUGCUGUCUGAAGUCCUGAGUGAUGGAGGACUGAUGGAACAACUGUUGUUUGAGCUUAAAAGAAGGGCAAAGAUAAUCAGAAAGGCUGGUGUUGCUGUAAAUGAAGUUGAGGAAAAGGCUGACAACUAUGAGAGGAAGUUGACCACCAGCAUUUUGAAUGUGGUUGCCGCUCUGGCCUUGCAGUCAGUCAGAAACACUGUAUUCAUCAGGGACUUAGGAAUGAUUCCCUAUGUGAAGAUCUUUCUGGAUGUUGAGCAGUUCCGCAGUCCAGCUCUGUGCAUCCUGGAGCAGCUGUCGGAGGUCAAUCCAGAGGAAUACAUGAGCACUGCCAUCGGAGCCCUCUGCUCCUCCACUGAGAGUGAGAUCAGACUCAAACAGGAUCUCUUACAGUCUAUCAUGAAAGUUCUGGAAAACCCAAACAGUUGGAACGCCUUCCGCACUUCUGGAGGCUUUACUGGCCUGCUCUCCAUAGUCGUGGAUAUGGAAGGAUCUCUGCUGGAAGCCCCAACAGGACCUUGGGCCACACUGAGCCGCCAGAGCCUUGUUGAGCUGCUGCUUCUCACCCUACACACCCUUGCCCUUGUUGUGCACGUGCACCCCGUCAAUGGCCACUUUUUCCACACGACCGGAGUCUGCGAGAAGCUGGGUGAUGCUCUGAUGCAGCUGGGCUGUUUCCAGAGAGGGGUCCCUGUGGAAACAGACAAAGAAAGCUCAGACUGCAGGACUUUUCAAGAGUUUGUGGAGGCAGUGGAGAGGCCAGAACCUCAGUUGCCACCACCUUUAGGAGACUGUGUUAAGCUGCUGGGAUUCCUGGAGCAGUUUGCUACCAGUGUGAGCUUGGUUGCAGAUCCAUGCGCAAGAUUGCAUGAUAAUAAUGAUGCUGGUGAAAUUCAGAGGACAGGAGAGCCAUCUAAUGACGAUGAGGCAUUGAACCACACUAGGGCUGCAAGUGUCUCAUAUGUAUCAACAGAUUCUGGGAGGGCUUACUGCGACCUCACCAUUCUUCAUCCUGGAGCUGUUAAGCUGAUCAUGACUCUUCUGCCUAGUAUUUACUGUCCCAGUGACCCUUGUUUGUCUGAAGAGCUGCAGUUGGCUGUGGCUCAUCAUGUGCAGACUCUGGUGAAGUCAGAAAGAAACAGGCAGAUCAUGUGUGAGUUUGGUCUGGCGUCCACACUGCUGACUCACUGCAAACAUAUCCUCAUUGACAAUUCCCAUUCACUACACCUGCCCAUAGUACGGAUCCUUGAGAAACUCGCAUCUCAAUCCAUGGAUCACAAGUGCCUCAGGCAGUUCCUGUGUCUUGGGGAUCCUCUGAUGUGUAGUGGAGAAAAUCGGCUUUCUGUCUCCUGUGAAGUGGCCAACAUCACAAACCAGACAAAAGACUCUGUAGAGGAUAACAGAAAAUCCUUAAAAAAGGCAAUGAAAAGAAGCUUCAGUCUACUCAAAACAUCUUCAGACAGUGGGACUGUAGUUCCUCUUCAUAGAAUCAUAAGUCUUGUCUCCAUCACAACGCCACGGAGCUUUCAGCCACACAAAGUCUCCAUUUCCCCUUCCUUUGUGGAGUUUGACAUGACAGACAGUGGCUAUGGAUGCCUGUUUCUGCCAUCCCUUGCCACAGUAAAAGGUGUCAGUGCAGACUUUAUCUCCACAGGAGGCUUGGGCACUGUUUUCUAUUGUUUCGUGUGGCAGAGUGCUCCAGAAAAUCUUGACAUUUGUGUUUUAAAUCAUUUUGUUGAUAUCCUGAAGUCAUCGAGUGGGAGUCAACAGAAUGCUGAAGUCAUGCACAGACUCAACAUGAUGAGCAAACUCCUGAUCCUGCUGCAUGAUAACAGUGUGACCCGCAGGAAGGUGUCCAUCAUCUGCACCAUCAUCCGAUCCCUCCUCGAGGAACAUUUCAACACCACAGACAUCAAGAGGAUUGGACUCUUCUUAGUUCAUAGUCUUUUGCCUCCGACUUUGAAUGAGAAAUGCACUUUCUCUGAUUUGGAUUUUGAUGAUCAGUCACAAGGCUGGAGUCAGACUCCUGGGAGAUCAGUUUGGAUCAGGAACCAGUUGCUCUCUAUGCUGUCUACUCUAAUCAUCUCAAACAAUUCAAGCAUUAACCAGGAGGAGAUAUUCUUCGCACUGGGAUCCGAUUGGUUCCUCCUAUUCUUACAGGGCCACAUCCACACCAGCACAGUGCUGCUGGUGCUCACACUGCUUACACAUUUCCUAUCAUAUCCAAGCAUCCUGGCCAAAUUCAGAGAGGGUGUGUCACCAGGAACAUUAGUGGAGACCAUGGAGAUGCCCACCAAUAUCACAGAUAAUCUGAAGUCUCGCUCAUGGUCGUUUGAAUGUUUGAGCUGUAUCUGCCCGGGGUUUGAAGUCCUGCAGAAGCUUCUUGUCAGCCACAUCCACCUGCCUCAAGUUUAUGGAGCUAUCUCUGCACUGCUUAUAGGAAAACCUGAUUUCCAGGUUCUUGCUGGGCAGGUGGAUGUUGACAUGAUGCUUCAGAGUUUGAUUGACAGCUGCAGUGAUAGAUCUGAGGGCGUUCAACUAUGUGCAGAUGCCGCUUGUGUUCUUUUAGAGUUGAUUAAGGUUAUCAUUACUAAGCCUGUAACAGGAAGUGCAGAUGGCUGGGAAGUGCAUUACCCGGGUAGUGUGAUGCAGUUUCUCUGCCUGGUGAACAGUUUGUUUCCUCAAGAUCCUCUCUGGACCUCCCCUGAUUUCCUAAGUUCACUGGCCAGUGCUGUUUUCCCCUUUGAAACCCCAGAGAGCUCUACAGGUGUCCAGGGUAUCAAAGAAAGUGGCGAAGUGGUGGGGGAGCCCCUCUUGCUCCGUCCCUCCCACCCAGGCAGGAAGCAGGUGUGUGACUUCAUCCGCAUCCUCUUGAUGGACAGCCUCAUUAACAUUCCUGUCAAAGAUGGUUUUCAUCCUUUAAUACAACUAGUAGAGUUUUCCCCAGAUGGUGUCUGUCAAGAGCAUAGACAGAGUUUUCAGACUGAACUCCUGGAGUUUGUGAUGGACAUCAUCCACAUGACAGGACAGGAAGAGGGCCAGUCUACUCACGUGACCAGAGAUGAUCCAUCCAGGUCCAAGCAGGAAGGAAAAGCUGCUGUUUUGGUUGAGAAUGUGGCAUUCUUCAGUAAAAUGCUAGUGGAAAAACUCUACUCUGGAAUGUAUGUGGUAGAGCCAGAGAACCUCCUGGUCUUUAUGGCUGAACAGAUAGCAGUGGCACUGGAAAAAGGUCAUGGUCAUCGGGAAAUAACGGUCAGCAUUCUGUACAAAAACUUGAACCGAGCCCUACUUUACUUCCUGUCUCGACCCAGACAGACUCCAGCUGAGCAGGAACUCGUUGUUCAAACACUUCGCAUGUUACAGCAGCACUGGGAUGUGAUCAUGGCAACAUACAAUGCCAAUGUCCACUUCAUCAUCUGUCUCAUGCACUGCCUCGUCCUUGUCCGCUCAGGCAGCUUUCUUGAAGGGUUUGGCUGUGAAGUCCAUAAAAAACCCACAAGAAACAUCUGGAGACACAUCUUCCUACACAAGAACAACCGGGUGAUGUCGCAGACUAUUGUCACAGAUUCAGCAGAAGUAGUGGAGUCGGAGCUGAUGCUGCUUGUGGAAAGCACCUGGAAUAGAGUCAUGAGGGAGCGGAGGCAGGCGCUAGAGGAGGCAUAUAAAAUCGACCUGUCUGCUAAGUCGGGCAGCAAGGAGGGCCAGGUUUCUAUGGGUGAUGUGAGCCCUCUGUGGGAGGAGACGGCCAUGAAAGCUUGGCAGCUCUUUAUAGACUCUCAGAAGAAAAAAGCGAAUAAUGGUCACCAGAAGAGGGCAGGAUUUCUCAGCAGUGCGUUGCAAUCUGUUCAGAAGAGGUUUGGGAAGGAUUCAGUCUGCACUCCUGAGGGGUUCAUCUUAGACAUGGAAGCGCACUGGCAAACUUGUGAGACCAUAUUUGACAGCAUGUUGAGGAGUCAUACACAGAUGAUGCAUAGUGAGAAUGAUCGUAUGGCUAUUCAGUGGCUAAGAAUAGAGGAAGACUUGCUUAGAGAGCGGGGUCUCUUUGGCCCUGGUCCAGGAGUCUUCCUCAAAGGAGGCUGGGUGCAGAACACCGCAGAGGGGCGCAACCGCACACGAUCCCGAAUUCGCAGAAAGCAGCUACGUCGAUCCAAAAAGAUGCCAACACUGACUUCAGGCCUCAUUCAGAAGAAUUUUGUUGAAGAAAGCAAAGGUGCUACAGAAGUUAUUGAGGCUGAUUCAGACCCAAGGAUCCUGUGCGAGCCAACCCGAGAGGUUGAGGAGGAGCACGGUUUGGACUAUCAGCAUUUGACCUUUUUCCCUGUCCUUAAUGAGGCCACACCUCUCCCCGAGGAUUUCUCAGAGCAGUGCAUGGAUACUCAACUCAUACUGAAGGAACUGGAACCCACUGAAGAGGUCAAAGCGAAACACUGUGUGGUGGUCGUCAGUGGUCACGUGCUGACCGAAGGAGUGCUGUUGUUUGGCAAAGCUGACCUCUACAUAUGUGAGGGCUUCACGUUGACCUCCACAGGAGAUGUGUGCUGUAGAAUCCAUCAUCAGACUAAUGUGAGAGACUCAUAUGUUUGCAACAUGAUGAAUAAAGAGAAAAGCUCAGUGAGCCCAAGCUGCAAACGUUGGUCAUAUGAUGACAUCAAAGAGGCCAAUUUCAUGCGCUUUCUGCUUGAGGACAAUGCUCUGGAAAUUUUCUUAAAGAACGGAACUUCAGUCUUCCUGGUGUUCUUCAACAAUGACCAUGUCAAUGCACAUAAAAGGCUGUGCUCUGUGGUCUCCUCAUUAAAGGGAAGGGGAGAGACUGUACUUAAUGUGAGAAAGGCUGCAGCAGUUGAGAAGACUGCCCUAAUUAAAUGGCAGAGAGGAGAAGUUAGUAACUUUGAAUACCUUAUGCAUCUAAACACACUUGCUGGACGGACAUACAAUGACUUGAUGCAAUAUCCUGUUUUUCCAUGGAUCAUUGCUGAUUAUGAAUCAGAGAUUCUGGAUCUGUCCCACCCUGCUACAUUCAGAGAUCUGUCCAAACCAAUGGGAGCUCAAAAUGAGAAGAGAAAAGAGAAGUUCAUUCAGAGAUACAAUGAGGUGGAAAGCAAUGAUGGUGAUCUGUCAGCUCAGUGUCAUUACUGCACACACUAUUCCUCAGCCAUCAUAGUGGCCUCGUACCUGGUGAGGAUGGAGCCUUUCUCCCAGACCUUUCUCCACCUGCAGGGCGGAAUGUUUGACGUUCCAGAGCGGAUGUUUCACAGCAUUCAGAACGAGUGGGAAUCUGCAUCUAAGGACAACAUGAGUGAUGUCAGAGAGCUCAUUCCAGAAUUUUUCUACCUUCCAGACUUUCUUGUCAACUCCAACCAAUUUGACUUUGGUUGCAUGCAGGAUGGAACACCAUUAGAUGAUGUGGUUUUGCCACCAUGGGCCAAAGGAGACCCACAGGAGUUCAUCAGAGUGCACAGAGAGGCUCUUGAGAGUGAUUACGUGAGUGCACGCCUGCAUCUUUGGAUUGAUCUGAUCUUCGGAUACAAACAGCAGGGUCCGCCCACAGUAGAGGCCCUCAACACCUUUCACCCAUAUUUCUAUACUGACAAACACGACAGAGCGAGCAUGAAGGAUCCUGUCGUGAAAAGCACUGUCCUUGGCUACAUCAGCAACUUUGGCCAAAUGCCUAAGCAGCUCUUCACAAAACCACACCCUAGCCGCACACCUCACAAGGGUGCUGCUGGGAAAGAGACAUCGGUAUCCAGUCAGAUAACCCCCUUUUUCUUUAAACUGGACAAGCUCAAGCCUUCUGCCCAGGCUGUUAAAGAGCUCACGCUGGGUCCUGUUGGUCAAAUAGUGUGUAGAGAGAAAGAUGUAUUGGUCGUGGAAAAAAACAAACUUCUCAUCCCACCACAUUGGAACACAUAUUUCAGCUGGGGCUCUUAUGACCAGACCUGCUCUUUUGGGAGCUACACAGCUGAAAAGAACUUUGCAGUGUGUGAGAGCCUGUCGGACUGGGGAUAUCCUGUAUGUGCUGCCUGUCCCAACAACAGCACCAUCAUCACGGCCGGGACCAGUACUGUAGUCUGUGUGUGGGAUGUCUCCAUCAGCAAGGACAAACUUAAACACAUGAGACUCAGACAGACCUUGUAUGGACACACAGACACAGUGACGUGUCUGGUAGCAUCAGAAGCACAUAGCAUGAUUAUUAGCGGAUCUUUGGACCAGACCUGCAUCCUGUGGGACCUGGAGGACCUCAGCUACAUCACACAGUUACCAGAACAUUCCUCUGCCGUGUCUGCCCUGGCUAUUAAUGACCUGACCGGUGAGAUUGUGUCAUGCGCAGGGACCCAUUUGAAUCUGUGGACCAUGAAGGGACAGCUGCUGGCCUCUUUAAACACUUCCUGCCGGCCUGAAGGAAACAUUCUGUGCUGCUGUUUCACACAGAAGUAUGAGUGGGACCCCCGCAACGUGAUCAUCACCGGCAGCGCUGACGGCAUCGUCCGGAUAUGGAAGACUGAAUAUACUAGAGCACAAUUACCUGGACAUGAGGAGUGCUCGGUGUCUCAAGGGCAUGUUUUGUCAUCAGCUCCUGAGGAAGCAGACAGCAGCUCAUGGAAGUGGGAAAGACACCUGGUGCUCUGUCAAGAGUUAAACCGCAAUCAGGUCGUCUCUCGUCAACGCUGCAAAAAUAACCCUGCGAUUACGGCUCUGGGCAUAUCAAGAACACAUGGCACACUGCUGGUCGGUGAUGCCUGGGGCAGGGUGUACAGCUGGUCCUGAGAGAGCUAGGAUCAAUCAAUCAUCCGUCAGUCAGCGUUAAAGUCGACUGUAUGCAGCUGAAUGCAGUCACAUGCCAGUGGAGAGUCCAGCUUAAGUGCUGCCUACGUAUGCACUUUGCUCUCACCACUUCCAGCAGGACUGCUGACUUCAGGAGACCCACUCUGGGUCUGGUGAAUUACAGGGAUGACGCAUUCUUUCUUGGACUGAGUGAGGCUCGCUGGCUAGUGCGGAAACGCAACACUGCUUAUUUAAGAAAUGAAAGAUGAUGCCAUUUAAAAAAAAAAAAAAAAGGCCCAUUUGGUGGAUGGGUUUUAUUGUAUAGUAGCUCUCUUUUUCUCACUGGACUCUCAGAAAACCAAAGUAAUGUUUAUUUUAUAAACACCGGUAUGCUGGAGUUUCAAAGGCAUUCGCUUGUGUGCCAUUUUAUAUUUUGUUUUAAACUUCACCAGUGGACAUACUGAAUGGUGUAUUUUUUUAAAGCAGCAGAGUUCUGCUUACUAGUUGUGUUUUAUGUUGGAAGAUUUUUUUAUACAGUAUAUACUGUACAUCAAGAUGAUUUUAUUAGUUAAAUGUAACUAUCUGUAAUUAAAUCAAAAUAAAAUUGCUCACUCGUUA